CGGAGCUCCCUGGUCUCGGCGGAUCCCGGUCGGAGCGUAGCUGUUCCUAGGGGAGGCGGGAGCCGAAGCGACCUGGACCUCUUCGACAGCCCGGCCUCCUGGGGCCGGCCGCGCGGCUGCAUUCGCUGCUCAGCUCGCCCUGGGCGCGAACCGGAGACAGGCAGGGAAGCGACUGGAAUUUGAAGUUCCGGGGUGGGCGGGGAAGCUUCUGUCCGUGGUGCUGAGCCGGAUCCCAGCAACCGGCUCCGGGGAGAGAGCGCGGAGCAGCUGAUCCACUGCCUCGAAUUGGGGCUCCGCUAGGGUAGCGUGGGGCCGACACCCCUCGCCCAGCCCCAAGAGCCCGCAGAGCCUCCCCAGACACGGGCGCUUGGCCCCCCCUUCAGUCAGGAAGGCGCCCCCUUGGGGCAGUUCCUCCCCAAGGGUUUCCUCGAAAGAAUCUGAGAGGGCGCAGUCCUUGACCGAGGGAAUCUCUGUGGAGCCCCGGAAGCAGCCGGCCGAAGAAGAUGCCUGCCUUCAACAGAUUGUUUCCCCUGGCUUCGCUGGUGCUCGUCUACUGGGCCAGCGUCUGCUUCCCUGUGUGUGUGGAAGUGCCCUCGGAGACGGAGGCUGUCCAGGGCAACUCCAUGAAGCUGCGCUGCAUCUCCUGCAUGAAGAGGGAAGAGGUGGAGGCCACCACGGUGGUGGAGUGGUUCUACAGGCCCGAGGGCGGCAGAGAUUUCCUUAUCUACGAGUAUCGGAAUGGCCACCAAGAAGUGGAGAGCCCUUUCCAGGGGCGCCUGCAGUGGAACGGGAGCAAGGACCUGCAGGAUGUGUCCAUCACUGUGCUCAACGUCACUCUGAAUGACUCUGGUCUCUACACCUGCAACGUGUCCCGGGAGUUUGAAUUUGAGGCACAUCGGCCCUUUGUGAAGACUACACGGCUGAUCCCCCUCCGAGUCACCGAGGAAGCUGGAGAGGACUUCACCUCUGUGGUCUCGGAAAUCAUGAUGUACAUCCUCCUGGUCUUCCUCACCUUGUGGCUACUCAUCGAGAUGAUAUAUUGCUACAGAAAGGUCUCAAAGGCUGAAGAGGCAGCUCAAGAAAACGCGUCUGACUACCUUGCCAUCCCCUCAGAGAACAAAGAGAACUCUGCGGUGCCAGUGGAGGAGUAGAAGUGGUGUGACCUGAGGUGGCCUGAACACUGAGGGACUGGAUAUCCCAGGUUCAGUGAUGUCAACAGCUUCAGGAGGGUGCCCCAGGGACUCCAUCGCAUCCCUUCAUGAAUCCAUCCUUCUAUUCGCUCAUCCAUACACCCACCCACCUCUGAGCAACCUCCCAACUUCAUCAGACUUCUCCACACCCUAAGACCUUGCCAGAACCGAGAAGCCAACGUUUCUACAUGGACUCAACCUCACUCUGUCCUAGCUUUUGAGCAAGCGGCUCCCAUGCCAACUGGAUUUCUCUCCUGUGCCCCAAAUGACUCUGUACAAGUGCUGGAGGUAGCACCUCCCUCUGCCCCUAACUGGCUGGAACUGGUUCAUUCUCCAUUGCUGCAAGAGAAUGAAUGUCUUAAUGGAAGGAAGCUGGAGUGAUUAGUUCAGGUGAAAGCAAAAGUGUCAUGAACUUGGAUUCCUUGAAGUCAGUUUUUCCAAGUUUGUGGCCCACUUAGCUAGAGCAUCAGAGUGAAGCAUGCCUCUCUAGGUACUCCAGUGAUAAAAAGAUCCUUAAGCAUGGACUAAAAUGCUCUCUGGAGCUUAGUGCUCCAGGGCUAGAUCCCGAUAGGUCUGUAAAGCCUGGAUUGGACUCAGUCUUUCCAAGAAACCAAGGAUAGACUUGGAAAAGACCAAUGGUAAUUUAAGUUCUUAAAAGUCAUGCAACAUGCUCCUGAUCCUGUUGGGAUAAUGUAUGUGUGCCCUCCCUGGAGAGCACACCACCUGAGCAUUGGGACCGAAAUUCCUAAGUUCUUCCUCUCGAAAUUUCUCUGGAUCAGUAUUAUUCCUCAUUCUACAGGAGGCAACUGAGACUCACACAGGGCUCAACUGAAUAAGAGACUUAUGACGAUAAACUGGAGCAGAGAUAAGUCUUAGGUGCUGCCCAGUUUACACUUCCCGGGAUGGAUAAUUUUGUUUUUGAUAAGACUUUGACAUUGAGCUUGGCGAUGGCCAUCCCUCUUUCACAAGCAUAGACUGGGGUGGAUUGCCCGGCUGAGCUUAACACUGAUGGAUGUAGGUAACUAGAAACUGGCCGAAAGAGGAGAAGGACAGGAGGUAGGCUUGAAGAAUUUCCUUGGUGUAGAUUUGUGAAUCUGAAAUGUCCCCCAGAAGGAGAUUGCAUCUGAGAAUGAUAUCUAAAAUAAACAAAAUGCGUUUUGGCCUGAGAUGGAUGAUAGGCAGGGAUAGGAAGACUGUUUCCAAAUACCUCACCUAUCAGUCCAUAAUGGUCAGGGUUUAUUUCCUAGAUUUUGACAGAGCAGAGAAACAGUGGAAAAAAAUUUUAGUGAAUAGCUCAUAUUUCAUUUUAAUUAAGUGACUGGUCAAAGUGUGUUACCCUUCAGCACCUGGUGACAAGAGGGGAAGGAUGUUUUCCGGGAUAUAAGAAAAUGAAAGUGGAAAUUGAUGAGAGGUGUCCCUCUGACCUGGGAGAAUUUAUAGGGAAAGAUCAUAGUCCACUGGCUUUGGGCUUCAUCUGACAAGCUCAUGUUGUCAUCUGUUCCAUCCCUGGGGAAGUACUUGAAAUAAGACCCUUAACACCUAUUAAGGAGUUUAAUUUUACUAAAGAAAAUAUUUGCAAUAAAUAAAUCCAAGACACUUCUUAUUGGUAAUUUCCCACAUAAUCCCUCUGAAAUAGGGAACAGAAUAUAGGACAUCUUUCUUUCUAGUUUAGGAAAUAGGUCUGAUUUGUUGCUGGGUUUUCCACGUGACGUGGCUGGUCGCUGCCAGGGCUAGCAAGCUACUUGCCACCAGCCCACUUUCCUCGUGUCCCAGUGGGCCGUGUCCCUCACUUGUGAUCAAGUUGUAUGCACAACUGCCAUGUUCUCUUUUUCUUUCCUUGUGAAAAACCCAAACUCAGAUGUUUCCUGAGUGAUUUUUAAUUUAGCUGAAUGGUACCUAUUAUUUAUUUAUCCUUUACAAGUUGUCAUCUCUACUCUCUUCCUUUUUCCACCUUCUCAGCUCCUCUCAUACUUGAUAAUUUCAUUGGAGCUUACAGUUUACAAAGUAUUUCCACUUCAGUGAUGUUAUUUCUUCUCCACAUCUGGUCCUGUGAGGUGGAUAUUUUUAAUAUUUAUGUUACAAAUGAAGAAACUGAGGUUCUCGAAGUGCUUUUUUUCAAUCAUAAGGUCACCUAGCUAGUUAUUAGAAAGUGAGGAUCCAGGUCUUGACUCCUAUCCCAGUUGUCUUUCCAUUUAGAUCUCAGCUGCUUCCUUUCUUUCCUUAUUAUUUUAACUUCCAUCUAAUCUCUCCCUCUCUGAUCCUGACGUUCACCCUCUUUUCUCACUCCCAGUCCCACUCUCCUGCUUCUCUACCAUUUCGCUUCUCGGUGGAUGCUAGAAAUAUGCUUUGAGAGUCCUAUUUCAGUUCUCUUUCUAGUUGAUUUGUACAUCAUUAUUUCUCCUGAAUUGCAAUUAAACUCCUUCCUGGGAGACUUGAUCAUGACUAUAAAUCUACAAGGUACUGUGAUCACCAGCCUACUUCAAAUCUUCGCCCACCUCUCUGUUUUUCUCCAUAUUCCUACAAAAGACCCAGACUAAAUGUGUAUUGCUCUGGAAGUUUUAUCUGGCAUGCUGUUGCUUAUUAAAGGGCUCAGAAAAGUUCUCAAGGGCUAUUAUCACUUUAGAAACCCCACCUGUUAUCUUGGUGCUGGAUAUUUCCCAGGACUGAUCCUCAAUAACACAAUUCACUGAAGGCCUAGCUAGGCUGGGUCUGAUUUUCCCUUCUUACCACCAUGAACUUGACUGCUCAAAUCGGUUGGCCCUGAAAGCACCUUGCCCUAUUGACCUGUACUGUCAGCUCAGUCCUGUAUCAAAGCCCCAACCCCUGCAUGGAACACUUGGACAGUCAGUGCCUGUCCCUACCCCAACUUUUAUUUUCAGUCUGUUUAAUAGCAUUAUCCUGUAGUUUCUCCAUCCCCAAACAUCCACACACCCAGACUUUCUUCUCUCAGUUUCUGGUUUCUGUUAGAUGUUAAACUAGAAAUUUUAUUAGGAAAGGAAUUUUUCAAAGCUGAAAUAUGCUGGGAAAUGUGUAGAGCAAUAAAACAGAUAGUAGCUCCCUCCUGUCUCCCCCAAACUACUAGAUCAACAAGGAAAAUAUACCCUUCUCAGAAUCGGUGAAUGCAUAUCACAUAAAUCAGAGGGGAAAAGCUGUGUAAUUGCAUCUUUGCAGGAAGAAGGAGUAGCAAGAGCUGGACAUUUCAAAAUAUAUCUUGGUUCGCCCCUCCCAGUUUAACAUGGAAAUGAACAAAUGAAAAACAAAAAAACCCCAAAACAAAACAAGCCUUCCUCUCAGCUCAUUUUGUAAAUGAAAAAGCCCUAACUUGGUGAAUUCACCUAGCCACUGCAAAUGUAUCUUAAUAGUGUUUGGUGUCUCAUCAACCUAGUCAUCCAUUCAUUCAGUCACCAUGUUCCAGCACUAGGCUAAACCCUCAGUGUGCUCCGCAGUUUUAGGAUUGAAAAAUAGCAUCAUCCGAGGCUUAUUUAAUCUCUGAAAUCUAACUUGGUAGGUAGCUCCUGUGUAGUUCAGUUCACUUCUUCCCCCUUACUUGAGUUUACAGUAGGACCCAGUAGAUAAGCCUCUCUAAGCAAGUCUGAAUUACAGACUCAGCCUCUAUCACAGGCCGGCUAAAGCUCAGAGCCAACAACGGUCUCCAUACUCCCUGCGCCCCUCUUGGCAAACGCUGCAUCUGACGGGCAGGGUGUGUGAUGGGGUGGGGGGCUGCUGAAGGACAAGAGCUUGGAGGUUUGUGAAACACCAUUGAACACAAUUAGCAAACUCUUGCAACAAAUGUAACCUUUUCCACACUGUCACCUUCAUAUUGCUUUUUCUUGAUUUCCCACAGCCAAUCUUUUUCUGAACUCUAGAAAUGUUGUUCCUGACCACCCAAGCCCUCGACAACCUAAUGCCUGUAUGUAGUGUUUUUCAGGAGACUCCCUGUUCACGUCAAUAAAGUGUCUCUAAAAACUG